AUGACUGAUCUAAACCCAACCUCCAAGCUUUCAUGUGGGAUCAAGCCCAAUGUUAUCCUGGAUGGUCGUGGAGGAGCGGCAAGUGGCGGGGGUCUGUGCUGGAUUUAUGGAGGAGAUGGGUGGCAUGGUAAUUUGAGCUUUGGAGAGCUUGGAUGGGGUUGGUGGUAUAGUUUGUGGAUGUUUACUGCUGGGUUCGUUGUCACUCUUGCUUCAAACCAUGUCAUUGACGGUGACAGGGAGCAAAUAGCUGGUAGUUCGUGGCUUGGUCUAGUAGAGGUGUAG